AUGGCAUUCGACAUUAGCGAGAGGAUAACAGUCAAGGAGGGAUGGCUGGUCAAACAGGGUGGAGUCAUCAAGUCGUGGAAGUCAAGAUGGUUCGUCCUGUACGAUAAUAAUGAACUGUGUUACUUCAAGAGCAACUAUGAUCGCGAACCCAUUGACAUCAUAUCAUUGGCAAACAUGGUUCAGAUGCCGACAAACAACGCGACGCUGAUCGAACUGUCGGUGGAAGGCCGUGUAUAUCAAAUGCAAGCGCCAACAGUGGAUGAGGCAAAGGACUGGGUGCGCCACCUAUCAGAACGCGCAAGUGAUCGAGCCAAGCGAACGACAGCGCCACAGGACGGCGCCACACCUGCCACAAAGACCACGACGAUCGAUGUCAAAGGUCUGAUGUGCAAGCAUUGCGAGGAUCAGGUGGCGCGUCUACUCACCAACGCCAAAGGCAUCAACAAGUAUGAGAUCCUGUCGGAUGAAGAUCGUCUCAUACUCAGCGGGACAAUGGACAUUGGCAUGGUACUAUCCACACUCGAGUCCAAUGGCUUCAUCGUCGCACUGCAAUAG